AUGAGCCAACAUGAUAUUUUGGGGCUUGCCAGUGAGGAAACUCAUCGCGUAAUUCCCAUUUCGGCAUCGCAAUCUCUACACGCGUCGACCGGCGGCGCGUCUGCCACUGCGAGCGCGAUUUCAACAGGUUUAUCGAGACUCGAUGGGGCCCUCUGCCCACCUUCUAGGGAGGAUGCUCUCGGGUCGAACACUUAUACUCCCAAAGGGAUAUGCUGCGGUCAGGUUACGGAGGUGUAUGGGCCUCCUGGCGUGGGGAAGACGUCGUUGGCAUUGAAUACGGCUGUCAAUGCCCUUUUGGAUGGACGGAAAGUGGUCUGGAUUGAUACCAUGUCUCCUCUACCAAGACCGCGUGUCAGGAAGAUGCUCCGGCAGGCCUUGGAAUCCCGUGAAGGCGACAAGUUAGAAGACCUGAUCCAAAACCUACUUUACUUCCGCACCAAAUCCCUCCCACAUCUCCUCGCAUUACUAUUCCGUCCACCCAAAGCAUUUCCCCCCGACGGCACCUCACUCCUGGUAAUCGACUCAAUAUCAGGCCCGUUCCCCUCCUACUUUCCCAACCCAACAGAACUACGAGCCCAUUUUGCCCAAUCAGACAUCACCGACAAAUCAAAAAUCCAAUGGCUCAUGAACCGGCGUUGGAACGUGGCAAGCGAUCUAGCCAACCAAUUAAUGAAAUUAGCCACUACUCACCGAUUGGCGGUGCUUGCUAUUAACCAGACACAUACUAAGAUCAAGGGUCAGCCGCGUGCGACGCUCUGUCCUGUGUUGUCGGGUGGAGCAUGGGAGAAUUGUAUCUCUACGAGAAUUGUGCUGUACCGCGAUUUUUAUGCUGUGGUGGACGGGGAUUUGCCUGUUUUGGUUAAUGCACGCUUCGCAGAGGUUAUGAAACGGUCAGGGAGAAUUUUGGCGUCGAGGUUGGAGGAGAACAUUGUUCCGUUUGUUACUGAGUUGGAUGGCCUUCGUGGGAUAGAAAAGAAACAACCCCCCAGUGCUACCCCGCAGGUAGCAGAAUCACGCGAGCUUCCAACCCAGCCGGCAAGUCAACCGGCGAACCAACCCGGCGAACCAAGUCAAACGCCUAGUCAACCUAGUCAACUGGCCGGCCAGCCAGCAAGCCAAAGAAAGCGAAAAGUUGAUGAAAUCGCGGACAGCGAGGAUGACGAAGAUGACUCCGAUGAGGACUAUGGAUGGGCCGAGGACGAUGUUGCCCUGCUCCAAUCAGAGAAACAAUAA